GGCCCGGCGGCGGCGGCUGCGUGUUUCCGGAAGACGUGGCGGCUCGGGCCCGGGUAGCGUCGCCGAGGCUCUUCUCUGGACUAGGCUUCGCAGCGUGGGCCCCGAGGCACCGCGGUUCUCGCCGCCGCCGCCGCCAUGAUCUCCCUCACGGAUACCCAGAAAAUUGGCAUGGGCUUAACAGGAUUUGGAGUGUUUUUCCUGUUCUUUGGAAUGAUUCUCUUUUUUGACAAAGCACUGCUGGCGAUUGGAAAUGUUCUGUUUGUGGCUGGUUUGGCUUUUGUAAUUGGUCUAGAAAGAACAUUCAGAUUCUUCUUCCAGAAGCACAAAGUGAAAGCCACUGGAUUUUUCCUGGGUGGUGUGUUCGUGGUCCUUAUUGGUUGGCCUUUGAUAGGCAUGAUCUUCGAAAUUUACGGAUUCUUUCUCUUGUUCAGGGGCUUUUUCCCAGUGGUGGUUGGCUUUAUCAGAAGAGUGCCUGUCCUUGGAUCCCUCCUGAAUCUCCCUGGAAUCAGAUCAGUAAGUAGUCACACAUUUAGCUGUGCAUUUGUAAGAACCACCCAGACGUGUGGAUUGUGAGCCUUUUCCCUGGGAGUUUGCAUCAUUGAUGUGAUCGCAUAAUUAUGGUAUAAAUGAUUGUGUCACAUGAAUCCUGGUUACCAUGAAAACCAGAAACCAGUCGUUCUUAGACCUAUGAAACCUGACAUUUUGUUUGAACAUGACAUUUUUAGUAUUGUUUUCUAUUUUGAUGUUAUUCGGGUUGAUAAUGCUAAGCUACUUUUAUGAAUUGAUAGGUGAAACCCUUCCUGUAUUCGGGGUGUACUCUGGAUGCUUGAGACUAACCUGCCAUGGGGACUGCCAGCUCUUGUGGGGUCUCAGAGGCUUCUCAGAACCUCUUUGUACACACCUCUGUCAUACCAUUUACCUUUUUUAAUGAGAGCUCCAGACCUGUGACCACAGUCCUCCAGGGCAGAGGUAAAUGGCUUUAGCCAUUCUUCCCCAGGGCCCAGCAUAACACCUGCCACUCAGGAUAAAAAUGACAAACAUUUUCCCCAAGGGAAUGAGUGAAGGGUGCCGGUGUCCGAUGUCAGACCCAAUCAGUCUGAUGACAGCUCCAGAUGACUCCCUCUUAGCUGUUUCUCUCAAUCUGAACACUAAAUGAAGUGGUGAACUACAGAGAUGCUGGAGACAGCUGGGAGAGGCGGUGCUUCGGGCUCAGAGCAGCCCGUGAGAGCCGCCGCCGCAGGCAUGAUCAUGCAGAACAACUGGGUGAAAGCCCGAGAGGCGUUUAAAAGGCUUGCUGAGUCUGUCUAGUAGCUGCAGAGAGAAAAAGGACUUGUAGAAGGAGGAGCACUCCUGUGAGUCCAACCUUUCCACACCAUGUCAGUCUCAGAGGCAGAAGAGCCCUCUGGAUACAGCCUGGGUAGUUGCAGUAACCUGUGAAGAACAAAUAUGGUGUUUGGGGUUUUUUAACCAUUGAAAUUUACUUUAAAGUUCUUGUGACUCCACAGUGUCACCUCUUUAUGAUCAUUUCAAAGGUUGGUAUGUCAGCUUGGGGUGGGGUGCACCGAGGCUCCAUUCGUCCUUAUUACCAAACUCAAUGUAGAGACUCUUACAGAGAAUGGAUUUACUUAGACCUGUAGUUGUACUCGCUUACAAGUUCUGUUGUGAUUGUGUACAUGGGCAGCCAGGGAUCUGCAGUCGUUGCCUAAGUAGCAGUGCAAAGCGUAGGGCAGAGGCACUGCUGGCUAUCACACAGUGCUCUCCAUUGCAGCAUUGCCACUGAGCGUGGUACACUGCCAUCGGGAUACUGAAGACAGACAGACUUUCUGAUUUCAGAUAGCCAAAGUUAAUAACCAUUUACAUGAGUGUUCGUUGAAGUUCUUAUUUGAAAAUUACAAGUUUACAUUGGCAACACUGAGUGUUUCAGUCUUUGCCCAUUCAGGAUGCUGUCCAGAAUGCUCAGUUAACAUCUUUUUAGUUGAUAGCUGUUGUUAAUUACUGAACUUAAUUGAGUUAAAUCUGUUUGUCCAAAGACCACAUAGGCCCAGAAGAGAUCCACAGGAAUGGUCAGUGGAAAUAUCUUAUUGGGGUCAUUACUGCAUGAGUGGCUGGCAUUUCAGUCUUUUCUUUUUGUUGAGCUAGCAGUGUCAGUGUCAUUUUUAUUAUUUUACUCAUUGUGUUGCAUUUUUCAUGUUUCACCCUUAAAUUCAUGUGUAUAACAUGUCAUGCAAAAGCGACUUUAAAAAAAAAAUUUUAUACACAUCUGAGAAGAUGGUGGUGGGCACCAUCCAGUUAACGACUGUCAGUCAUGCCUUGAAUUCCUGCAAAUGCUGCAAAACUGGAUGUUUUAAACCAGCAUCUAAAGGGCUCAGUCAGUGCUGUGCAAUGCUUGAGUUCCCUCUAACUCUGUCUUUCUUCUCCUUACAGUUCGUAGACAAGGUCGGAGAAAGCAACAAUAUGGUAUAACAACGAGGGAACUGAAGAAUUUAAAUACUGUAUUAUUUAUAAAACCCUUUUGAAGAAUAUUCAGCACAAAGUUAAAUUUCACGAACUAGCGUAUAAAGUUCCUUACAGAAGUUUAAAACGUACGCCCUCCAAAGUCCCGACAGCUGUGGCAGAAGCGGCAGCAGGCUCAUGAGGUCGGAGACCUGAACGAAGAUGGAGAGGGCGCGGCCUAUUGCAACGCUUAGUGACGUCAGACGGCUGUCUCUUAGUCUUGCUGCAACGUGUGAGACGGUCGUUCGUAGACAACAUGGUGUCUGUUACUGUUUUUUAGAAGAUUCAGGAACACCACUAGGCAUUUGAUUUUUUUUUUUUUUAUGAUGUCCAUUGUGAUGGCCCAGAUCUAUCUAGGUGUGCUGGGUUUCUAAUGAUGCCUGGAUUGGAUUGGAUUAUGUCGUCUCCAUGUAUCAGCCCAAGGAAGCCCAGUUUCAUGUGUGAAUCACUUUUUUUGUAAACAUGGAUAAAAUAAAACUUUUGUGGUCCUUUUGAAUCCUAAUAUUUUGGAGCCAGAUAAAAAUAUGAACUAGUCUUUUUUUAAAUACACGGAGGUCAUUCUGAGCUGUUACUUCCUUAAUCAUAGCUGACCACAUUCUUUCUUGACUCCAUAACACUCCGGAAGCUCAGAUCUCUCAAGUGUGGCCUGGAUGUGUUCAUACAAUCUGUCCCACGCAGAAGCUGAGCAGAGAGCAUUCUGACCAUGGAGUAGUCUGCUACAGAGACUAUUGGAAUCAGUUUUUGGGAUCCUAAGUGACACACACCACAUGCGUCCUCCCAUGCCAUGAUGUAGUUUUUCUUGUUGGGUUCAUAAUGAAAUUCGGCCAUAGUUUCUCACCUUGUUUUCAUGACUUACAGUGACCUUGAAGGUGUGUAACAUGUGAAAGGUUUAUUCUGUGACUGUGAGAAGGGCUAAUUAUUUAAUCUUUAUUUUUCCUCUUAUUUUCAGCUUUGUUGUAAUAUCCAAAAAUCAGCAUGCACCGUAUCUGCUUCCCUUGCUGUUCCGCACCUGAGUUAGGAAGGAAGACGCCCUGUUGACAUGUAAAAGCUCGCUCUUUAUAACUAAACCGGCUGUAGCUUCUCCUAACCACCAUGCUGGGGAAGCAUGCUGUUCCCAUCUGUGGCCAGUUCCCCACAGGGACAAUGGUGAUUUCCUUCCUCGCCUGAGGUGUUGGCUUUCCUGUGGGACAUAGGAGCCCUUGGUCAGACACAGCACGAUUUGUCUUACUGAUGAUUGCACUGUUUAUUUGUAACAGUCUCUAAGCUUUUUAAUGCACAAAGUCAUAAUGGAAAUUGUAUUUAUUUACAGACCAUUUCUACAGGACAUUACAAUGUUGUUUUCACUUAAAUCUCUCAGUGCCAGGAGAAUCCCCAGCCUUGCCCAUCUACGGAAGGAAGGAAGGAAGGAAGGAAGGAAGGAAGGAAGGAAGGAAGGAAGGAAGGAAGGAAGGAAGGACUGGUUUGUAGUGGGAUGGUUCGUUCUUGUGGAUUACUGUCGUGUUUGGUACUUGCAUCCAACUUUGGUGUAACCUGUGAAAACUCGAUAAGUGGAGAAUCCUACCUCAAUAGCUCAUGGGAUAAUAAAAGACCUGGCGUUGUGUCUGAUGUUCCUCAAAAAGUCAUACCUUUCCUGAAGUGUCAGUGCUGUGCUUUGAGAACUGGCCCGUGUAAGGUGCCCUGUAGAUUUAUAAUAGGCUUUGGCCUCUAUGAUUGACAGGGGCUAGAUAUCACGCCUGUUAGAGCAAGAGUCUGCCAUUUAACUCCUUUGUAGACAUGACCCUAUCAAAGUGGCUUUUGCACUACAGCAAGCAUCCCCUUUCAGCAGCCUGAUUUCAGAAAACACUGGACCUGAGAAGACAUGAGAAGUUCCUAGUCCUCAGAAAGGUAGAGGGCUGAGGUGGCUUUCAGUUUGGAGUGAAUCUACAGUGGACCUGGGACUGCUUGGCAACGCUGUUUUUCUGUCAGAACCAUGAGGCUCUGUUUUUAAACAAAGCAGCCCUCAGACUUCUGGAAGCCCUAUUGUGAGUUCCCUCAACCCUACUCCCUUCUGAAAUGAGCCUUCUGUCUUUAACAGAAAACAAGCAAACAGAAAACAUACUUUGAUUAUUCCCCCAAGAUGGAGGACAAGGUCCGGUACUCAGCCUUAAGUGUUUCUGUCAUGUUCAAAUGUAUCUUCUGUAACAGAAACAGACUUCAAUGUUUCCUUUCCCUUAGAAUUCUCUGGAAUUCAGCUGCUUUAGAAGUCUCAUGGUCAAAUUAUAUACUCUAACAAUGGCAUAUUGUAAAUACAUUUGUCUUACCUCAAUAAAAGGGUACUUUUCUAUUCA